UAGAUUUAAAAAAGUUCACUCUCAGAGUCAGUUAACGGAGCAUUAGCAUCCUUUAAUGAUCAUUAAAUUUAAGUAGAGCCAAACCUUUACUUAACUUAGUUAAUGGUUGAUUUUGACAUUUACGUUUUGAGGUUAUUUUGAUAUUUUGACCAGAUAAUUAUUGAGAAUCAGUCGCAUCGUGUUUAAUUAAGCAAAAAUGUCUGAUCUGAGUGACUUUGUUGAGUUUGUGGAAUACGCUAGAAGGUUUAGAGAAGUGGGACCGAGGCGAUAUUUACGCGAUUAUUCUGAUCCCUUUACAAAAUAUUCAGUUCAAGAAUUCCAUGCACGAUAUAGAUUUACACCUGAAUCUGUAAAAAGUGUUUUAUUACCUAUGUUGGAUGGCCUAAGGAAACCAACAAAAAGAGGACUACCAUUUGCCCCGGAAAUUAUGUUACUGCUGACAUUACGCUACUUCGCUACAGGCAGUUUUCAGAAAUUAGAUGGAGAUGUUAUGAAUAUUUGUCAACAGUCGGUUUCACGUAUCAUUGCUCAAGUAUCUACAUUGAUAGCUAGCAAAAUGAAAGAUUUUGUUAAAUGUCCCUCAACUGCUGAAGAAAUGAACUCUGUGAAGAAAUCUUUCUACGAAAUAGCUCAUUUUCCUGGAGUCAUUGCUUGUAUAGACUGUACCCAUAUUAAAAUAAGAAGCCCUGGAGGCAUGACUUCAGAAGUGUACAGAAAUAGAAAAGGGUAUUUCUCUAUUAAUGUUCAGGCUGUCACAGGGCCAAACUUAGAAUUUUACGAUUUAGUAGCCCGUUGGCCUGGCAGUAGUCAUGACAGUUUCAUUUAUAAUAGCAGUGCUAUUAAGCAAAAACUUGUUACUGGGCAAUUGCAAGGGAUAAUUUUAGGGGACAGUGGGUAUGCAGUUAGUAAUGUGCUGCUAACACCAUUUUUAUCACCCAAUUCUAUUCCCCAAGAGAAUUAUAACAGAAGCCAAAUUAAAACGAGAAACACUGUGGAGAGAUGCUUUGGCGUUUGGAAAAGAAGAUUUCCUUGUCUCCAGGUCGGAAUGGGCAUUAAAUUGGAUACAGUUGUGGCUGUCAUAUGUGCAUGUGCAACACUGCACAAUAUAGCAUUAUUGGUAAAUGACUUGGUGCCAUCGAACUGGGAUGACAUUGAUAUUUAUAAUGACAUUGUGGAUGUACCAGUUACCGAAAACCCAAACAGCAAUGGCUUUACAUUAAGACAAUCUUUGGUUGAAAGGUUUUUUUCUUAAUAUAUUAUGUAUAGAUAUAUAUUAAUCUUUUUAUGUCAUCCCAGAUCGAAUCUUUAUGCCGAAGCAUCUCUCCAGUGUUUCUCAUUAUAAUUAUCUUGGGGAAUAGAAUUGCAGCAUUACUACGUGCAUACUACCUACAUAAUUUUCAUCUACACAAAUGCAUUAAUGUUUUUAU